AUGUCCUCCGGCAUCAUUUGUGGUGGCGUUGCUGUAAGCAUUGCCUUCUUCUUUUUUCGUGCCAGCGUAGCAUCUGUGGAAGAAUACAUGCCUUUAUACUUGAGACAAGUUGGCUUGACUGCGACAUAUAUUGGUGUGAUUCCUCUCUUUGGCUUACUUACCCAAGCUGUCGGUGUUCCUCUGAUUAGUUACGUGGCGGACAAACUUCGAGCGCGGAAAUCGUUCCUGUUCCUCUCCAUAUUGUUUAUCAUUCCCAUCACCUUGCUUUUCCUUCUUCCACAAUAUCCACAACAACCUUGUGAAGGAUCGAUUAAAAAUGUAAGCCUUCGACUUGCAAGUCACACAACUAUAUCGCCUCAUGAAUCACUGAACCGUUUCCGUUUGCCUUCGACAAACGCCAAUGUGUCAGCGCUAAACAGGCACAAGUACAACCAGACAUCUUCUCUGUAUGGUGAUGACCAAGGUAUCGACGGAAUUUCCACAAAGUUCAGCGAAAAUCAAUCAUCUGGGAUUUUAAAUGAUGGUGCUAAACUUCACGAACGACUUAAAUUUUUCGGCCUCAUGAUAUUUCUUCUUCGAGGAUUGUUUGAGCUGUUCAAGAGAUUAAUUGUGACAAUGUUAACAGUGGCUGUCAUGACCCAUACAAAACAAGACAAAACAAAGUACGGCUACUACGCAAGCUGGGGCGAAAUUGGAGGCGGCUUAGCACUAUUUGUGAUUGGAAUUACAGUGUCUCGUUUUCGUCAUUUGAUCAGUUGUACCUACACGGUCUCAGAUUAUUAUCUUGCGUUUGUUUACGCCGCUGCUUUCCAGUGUUUGACAAUGGUGCCUCUCCAUUGGUUAAAUUUUGAAUAUUUCGAACAACGAGUUGUGAACCACACUGAAGUUAAAGCAGUCCUAUUGAAACCUCACUACCUGUUACUUCUGGCCAUCGCCUGCCACGGAGGACUAUGCUCUGCAUUUCAAACAAGAUGGGAGUUUUGGUACAUGGAAGAACUGGGUGGCACCCCAGUUGUAAUGGCUGUUGGAGGCUUGCUGAGGCGACCUGUCGUUGCUGUCUGGUUCUUCUUGUCCCGAAGUGUGGUCGAUCGACUUGGUGAACUUAACGGAAUAGCUAUCUCACUGUUUGUUUUUGCGUCUUCGUUUGCCGCUUUGGCGUUCGCCACAAAUCCAUGGCUUGUGAUCGUCUUCGACAACUUUCAGUCCGCAGCGUUCGUAUUAAUGUUUACAUCGAUUGUUAUACACUUCUCGAAAGCUGCUUCAAAAGCUUCUUCUGCAACUAUUCAAAAUUUAAUCUUAAGUCUUAAAUAA